GGUGCGCCAGCAAGGCGGGAGCGGAGAGGGAGUGGCCAGUGUGGCGGUUGGGCCUCGUCGCGCUUCCGUGCAUGGGGAUCACGGUCGUGUGGUCGGUCAUCAUGCCGUGCAGCGCGCCUUAUUUGGUGGCGCUCGGAAUGAGCCCCGCCUCGGCCACCCUCAACAACAUGGCGGGCCCGAUCUGCGGCUUCUUCACCUGCCCGCUGGUGGGCGCGCUGUCCGACUCGUCGACCUCCGCCUACGGGCGAAGGAGGCCCAUCAUCGUGACCGCGCUCGGUGCCUUGUGGGUGUCUGGGCUCCUCUUCGCCUCCAGCGCGGCGCUGGUGCCCGCCGGCGCGGCCGCAGGCUUUGCUGCCUGCAUGCUGUGGCUGAUCGACAUCGCGCUCAACGCGCUGUCGACGCCUAUGAGUGUGCUGGUGGCGGACCUCGCGUCGAGCGGCCAGCAGGUGCAGGUGCAGGUGCUGGUCGCUGUGGGAAUGAGCGCCUCUAGCUCAUGGAUCGGGCCAGCGCCACCAGAGGCGCUGCCACCCGCACGGCCGGACCCGGCCACGGGACUGUCGCCACAGCAGCUGCAGCAGGUGAUCAAUAUGGUGCGAGACCAGGACUGGGGCGGCUGGAGCGAGCGGGGCAAGGACUUCGCUGGCCCAGACGCCUGGAGCAGCUGGAACGAGUAUAAGCUAUGGCGUCGCCAUGGAGAGGGUCUUACCGAGUACUCCGCCCUGAUCGACCUGGCAUUCGACAAGGAUGAGCCCACGUACUCCGCGCAGACGGACGAUCUCGAUCUCGACUCCACCCUGGGGGGCGACGACGUCUCAUCGUUAGAUACCGACGGCGAUCAGCUGGUCUACGUGACGCUGGAGGGCCCUGGACUGUACGACGAUGAGCUUCCACAGGCGUUCGCGACAAUGCAGGGCGAGACUGCCGCCGCGAAUGUCAGCGCCAACGUCUAUGCGAACAUCCUCGACCCGACCCAGCGCCACGACCCGGGCUCCGACAGUGCCACCUUCACCCUCAUGAGCGUCGAGCCCGGCGAGGUGAUCGCAGACGCCGCCACGGGUCAAGCGCACCUGUCGACGGGUGUGAACUCGGUCAAUGGCCCCUGCGGCUCUUCCACCUCCAAGGGCAAGAAGAAGGAGCAGACCGAGGCGCAGCGCCGGGCCAACCGCCCUACGACGAUGGGCGAGCAGCUGGGCGAUCACCAGCAGUGGACCUACGCAGCCACCGGAGCGCCUGUUUCACAGACCAUGACCCGCGGCCAGAGGUCGUGGGCGGCCCUGGUGGGCGCCGUGGUCGUCUGGCUCUCCAAGCUGGCCGACGAGUUUGGCAGGAUGGACACCAAGCCAGACAAGUCCACGCCCAAAAAGGAGAUGACCUGCGCGUGCAAGCGCCAGACCGCCGCCUGCUCGCUGCGCGGGAAGGGUUUCGCCCAGCUGGGCGGGGCCGAUCCAGAGUGGCAGGCCCUGGUGGCGGCCCUGGCCCCUCCGCCAGGAGUGCCCGCGGCGAGGGCGUCGGCGGGGGCGGUGCCGCCAUGGCCAGCGUCGGCCGACGCUCAGGCAGCUGGGACACCCUAUCAGCAGAUCGAGUCAGAGCAGCCCGACGUGAUCAUGCACGACGUGGAGGAGCAGGUCAAGGAGCAGAGGGCCCAGCGUCGCCGACAGGCAGCACCAUCUCCAGCCAAGAGAGCGGCGAUGGAACCCUCGGCCAGCUCGGACGAAGGCAACGACGAGACCAUGCGCCUCCUGCAGCAGAUCGCCAACAAGCAGAAUCAGCAGGAGCCCUCCAUCAACCAGCUCUGCGCGACUGUGUCGGGCCAGAUGGAGGCGGUCGCGACUCUCCAGUCGAAGGCGCAGCAGCUCUCAGCGCAUUCGUCGACGGCGCAGGUCCUGACCGGACCUGCCGCGACGAAGUCACCGCCCCCACUGGUGACGCGGGGGCCGGUCCCCAGGGCGCCCCGAGAGCCGGUGCCCAAGGCGCCUCAGGCAUCAGGCCAGAAGAGCGAGGCGGAAGUGUCAACCCCAGAGGCAAGUGCGAGUGUGAAGCACGAGGAGCCGGGGCACGGACCAGCCACAGCCAGGCCACCGCAAGCGCCGGCGGGAGUGGAGCAUCAUUGCAUCGCCACCCCUCUGGCGCUCCAGCAGCCCCCCCCGCUGCAGACGCCGCCCCACGGAGUCUCGAUCGCAGCUGUGCCCUCUCCGAGGUGUGGGGCUCCGUCGGCGGCCGCGGCCGCGACUCAAAAGGGGGGCUGGGGCUUCGUCGGCGCGGCUCCAGUGGUGAGCGCCUACCCGUCGCACGGCGCUGGCUCCGUGACUCAUCGGGCCUCGAGUGCGGCAUGGCCUCCGCAAGUCGGCUACGCCAAGACCGGGGUGGACAACCCUCGGGGUCUUCGCGAUCAGCAGGGAGCUCUUCUCUCGUCGUCCACGAUCAGCAGCUUCGCGAUGCCAUCGACGCCGGGGGGCACGCAGCAGCAGCCCCCGGCGACGGCUCCAGUGGCGUCGGCCCAGCAGCUCACGCGGGUGCAGAGCGGCACGAUGCAGGACGGCGGUCAGCAGCCUCAGCAGAGGGUCGAGCGUCCGACGAGACCUUCGGCGGCGGGGCCUUCGUCCGCCAAGGGAGACCCGUGGAUGCCGACGGAGAACCCGGAAGACGCGGCCUGGAGGCAGCAGCAGCAGAUGAAGGACGCCGAGAAGAAGCGCCUGGCCAAGGAGGGGUGGGAGCAGACUGGGCGGAAGACGCGGGGCCACGCGGGCGGCGGCAAGUGGCUUGCGCUGUCCGAUACUGCCUCUCAGCAUCGCUCAGCGGAGCCAGUGGGCCCUGGUCGGCUCAUUCGCUUGAUGCAGGAUACCGAGGGACUUAGGCUUGCGCUGUCCGAUACUGCCUCUCAGCAUCGCUCAGCGGAGCCAGUAGACCCUGGUCGGCUCAUUCGCUUGAUGCAGGAUACCGAGGGACUUAGGCUUGCGCUGUCCGAUGCUGCCUCUCAGCAUCGCUCAGCGGAGCCAGUAGACCCUGGUCGGCUCAUUCGCUUGAUGCAGGAUACCGAGGGCCAAGUGUUCGUGGAACCGCGCGACGGAGCCCCGGUUCCGCCCGGCGCACUCAUCGAGCUGAUAGCGCCCGUCUACGGCCUAGAUGACGCGCCGCUCGCCUUUCACCGCGCCACGGCCAAUUUCAUGAAGUCGCGGGGCUUCGAGCGCACUACGCUCGAGCCCUGCUGGUUCGUGGGGCGAGCCCGCGGCGAGUUGCAGGCGCAGGUGCUGGUGGAAGUAGAUGACUGGGCCAUAGCGUUCAGGGAGGGCAAAGAGAAAAACUACCUGGACCCUUUUCAGGGGCGUUUCACGUUCGGGAAGAUGAAACUCUUGGAUGCUGCGGGGGUAGAAUGCAUAAGCCGCAGGCUUCGAUUCACCGGAGACCGGAUACUGGUCGAUCAGGAGAAAUACAUUCUGGAACAGCUUCACAAGGCGGUCGGUUUCCUGAUCGGCUUCUCCACCAUGAAGGUCUACGGUGACGACGGCGGCCUCUCGAAGCACAUGCUCGUGAUCAUGGUCGUGGUGUGCUGCAUUCUCACGGCGGCGGUCGCCGUCAUGCUCUCCGCGGCCGUGGAGAUGCCGCUGGCGGGCGACGGCGCCGCCAGGCAGUCCAGCCCCGUGUCGGACGUGCUGAAGGCCGUGCGGGGGAGCUCCCUCCUGCUGAGGCGGCUGGCCAGCGUGCACUGCCUGGUGUUCGUCGGCGCGACGGUGUGGCUCUCGUACUCCGUGCAGUGGUUCAGCCUCUGCGUGUUCGCGGGCGAUUCCGUCGCGUCCCCGGGCUCCGAGGCCCAUCGCUUGUACGCCUCGGGCCAGGAGGCGUUCGCGUACGGGGGGCAGUGCGGCUCGUUGCUGAAAUUGCUCAUGUCCCUGCUCCUCGUUGUCGCCCUCGACAGGACUUCGCUCCCCCCUAAGGGCGUCUACGCCGCCUGCAUCAUCGUCGGGGCUGGCGUCAGCUACGCGGCCGCUUUCUUCGUGAAACACAACGCCGACUUCGCGACGGCUUGCAUGGCACUGUCGGUGCUUCCCUGCGUGGGCGCGCAGGGCAUCCCCUGGGGCUCCAUCGCCGCCAGCAACAGGGCUGCCGAGGAGCAGGGGUUCCCUGUCAGCACUGCGUUGCAGAUGGCACUCUUGAGCUGCGGCCUCGUGCUCGGCCAGCAGCUCACCCACCUGACGCUCGCUGCGAUGGAAAGCUUCGCGGCGCCCACGCUGGCACUCCCCGCAAUGCUGGCCGCUGGCGCGGUGGCAAUGACCAUGGCGGGCGCCGGCGCGCUCCUGCUCCCGAGCGGCGCCGAGGAGCACGAUGCGCUGGAUGUGUAA